AUGUCUGACGCCAUGGUAGUUCGAAAAGCGGAUGGCUCAGAAGUUAAGAUUCACCUCGCUUCUGUGAGGUUGCCAAGGGAUUCCGACGAGAAACCAUCUGUUGGAAGACAAUUCCGGCCGCUCUACGAUGUUCCAUUCAUGUUCCAAGCCAGAGAGUUCCUCAGGAAGAGGUUGAUUGGUAAGAAUGUCACGGUGACAGUGGAUUAUAUCCAACCUAAAUCCGAACAGUUCCCUGAGAAAACUUGCUGCACGGUAAAAGUUGGAGAGCUUAACAUCGCGGAAGCGUUGAUUCUCAAGGGACUGAGCAAGGUGGUACGACAUCGAUCAUCUGAAUACGAUGCUCUAUUGGCCGCAGAAGCAAAUGCUGAGAAGAGCAAGAAGGGUUUGUUUGCGGACAAGAGUGCUGACAAGAAGGAUACUCUUCGCAUCCAAGAGCUUCAAGGAGAUCUGGCCAGAAGCAAGCAGUUCCUGCCGUAUUUGCAAAGGAGUACGCGAGCCGAAGGUGUUGUCGAGUUUAUUGCGAGCGGAUCACGACUAAGGAUUUACAUCCCUAAGGAGACCGUGCUUAUAACAUUCCUUCUUGGUGGAAUCAAUUGUCCCAAAAGUGGCCGUCCUGGACCAGGAGGUGUCACCGGGCCGUCGGAACCAUUCGCUGAUGAGGCGGCUGCUUUCACUCGUCGUCUAGUCCUUCAACAUGAAGUAGAAAUUGAAGUCGAAGGAUUGGACAAGAUGGGCAACUUCAUUGGAUAUCUAUUCCUCACUCCUGAAGGAGGAGGCAAACCACAGAACCUCUCUGAAGUGCUUCUGGAACAAGGUCUCGCAACGUUGCAUUUCACCGCCGAAAGAAGUGCUCACUACAAUCAGCUGGUUCUAGCGGAAGAGCGUGCUAAAACUGCAAAGAGAAAUAUAUGGCAGAACUAUAAGGAAGAAGAGGUUGUUCCUGAUGAAGUGAUUACUCAGCAGAAUGAUACGGCAGAAAGACGUGUGCAAGGUUCAUUGAACUUUGCGGCACAACUGGUUGAGGAUGGACCGAAGCUGGAGAAGAUGACGGCGGACUUCCGUGAAUACCUUCGUCAGCAUCCACCCAUGACUGGUGCAUUCAAUGCUAAGCGCGGUGACUUGUGUGCGGCACCGUUUUCCGUUGAUGGGUUAUGGUAUCGCGCUAAGGUUGAGAGCAUUCGCUCUGGCCAGGCUGAAGUUCUGUUUGUUGAUUACGGAAAUGUGACGCGGGAAACAGUGGCAGCUUCCUCUUUGGCACAGCUUCCUCCAGGCUUCGCUUCGUUCCCACCUGGAGCGAAAGAGUAUGGAGUUGCCUUGGUGGCGAUUCCAAAUGAUAAGGAAUACGGAAUGCAAUGCGAAGAUGCACUCCAACAAUUGUUGUUCUCAGUCCCCACUGCCGAAAUCAAUGUUGAAUACAAAAUUGGGUCAACUGAAUACUGCCAGGUGAUGAUUGAGUGUGCUGGAAAGAAACUUGAUGUGGGUAAGACUCUAAUCGAAGAUGGUUUUGCGUUAGUCGAGAAGAGGAAGGAGAAGAGAGACUUCCAAACGAUGCUGAGUGAGUACGAGCAGGCAGAACAAAAAGCACGCCGUGAACGCAGGAACAUUUGGGAGUUUGGAGAUUUCACUGGAAAUGACCUCUAA